AGCCGGCUCGGCCCGCGCGCGCGCCCGCGGCCGGGUUGCAGGGCUGGGCGCGCGCCCCGCGUCCCGGGCAGGAAGAUGGUGGCGAGCGCGCGGGUGCAGAAGCUGGUGCGGCGCUACAAGCUGGCGAUCGCCACCGCGCUGGCCAUCCUGCUGCUGCAGGGCCUGGUGGUGUGGAGCUUCAGCGGCCUGGAGGAGGACGAGCCGGGCGAGAAAGGAAGGCAGAGGAAGCCACGGCCGCUGGACACCGGCGAGGGAUCCAAAGACACGGACAGUUCGGCGGGGCGGCGGGGCAGCGCGGGCAGAAGGCACGGGCGCUGGCGGGCCCGAGGCGAGAGCCCAGGAGUGCCUGUGGCCAAAGUGGUGCGGGCGGUAACCAGCCGGCACAGAGCCAGCUGGCGGGUGCCCCCCGGCCAGGCCCCAGAGGCCCCCCACCGCCAGAACCUCAGCGGAGCCGCCGCAGGGGAGGCACUGGGCGGGGCCGCCGGCUUCCCCCCCCACGGAGACACAGGGAGUGUGGAGGGCGCCCCCCAGCCCACGGACAAUGGCUUCACCCCCAAGUGUGAGAUCGUGGGCAAAGAUGCACUUUCUGCGCUGGCCCGGGCCAGCUCCAAGCAGUGCCAGCAGGAGAUCGCCAACGUGGUGUGCCUGCACCAGGCGGGGAGCCUCAUGCCCAAGACAGUGCCCCGCCACUGCCAGCUGCCUGGGAAGAUGAGCCCUGGCAUCCAGUGGGACGAGAGCAGGGCCCAGCAGCCUGUGGCGGGUGCCCGGGUUCGCAUCGCUUACAUGCUGGUGGUGCACGGCCGGGCCAUGCGCCAGCUGAAGCGGCUCCUCAAGGCCGUGUACCACGCACAGCACUUCUUCUACAUCCACGUGGACAAGCGCUCUAACUACCUGCAUCGUGAGGUGGUGGCACUGGCCCAGCAGUACGACAACGUGCGGGUCACCCCCUGGCGCAUGGUCACCAUCUGGGGUGGGGCCAGCCUGCUGAGGAUGUACCUGCGGAGCAUGCGUGACCUGCUGGAGGUGCCGGGCUGGACCUGGGACUUCUUCAUCAACCUCAGCGCCACCGACUACCCAACCAGGACCAAUGAGGAGCUGGUGGCUUUCCUGUCGAAGAACCGAGACAAGAAUUUCCUCAAGUCCCAUGGCCGGGACAACUCUAGGUUCAUCAAGAAGCAGGGCCUGGACCGUCUGUUCCACGAGUGCGACUCACACAUGUGGCGCCUGGGUGAGCGGCAGAUCCCAGCGGGCAUCGUGGUGGAUGGCGGCUCCGACUGGUUUGUGCUUACGCGCAGCUUUGUGGAGUACGUGGUGUACACGGACGACCCGCUCGUGGCCCAGCUGCGCCAAUUCUACACGUACACUCUGCUCCCAGCCGAGUCUUUCUUCCACACCGUGCUGGAGAACAGCCCUGCUUGCGAGAGCCUCGUGGACAAUAACCUGCGGGUCACCAACUGGAACCGCAAGCUAGGCUGCAAGUGCCAGUACAAGCACAUCGUGGACUGGUGCGGCUGCUCCCCCAAUGACUUCAAGCCACAGGACAUCCUCCGGCUGCAGCAAGUCUCCAGACCCACCUUCUUUGCCCGGAAGUUCGAGUCCACCGUGAACCAGGAGGUGCUGGAGAUCCUGGACUCGCACCUGUACGGCAGCUACCCGCCCGACACGCCGGCGCUCCGGGCCUACUGGGAGAACGUGCACGAUGCGGCCGACGGCGCUGGCGCGCUCAGCGAUGUGGCACUCACCGCCUACACGGCCUUCGCCCGCCUGGGUCUGCGCCAGGCGGCCACGGCCGCGCCCGCGCAGGCUGCGCCGCGCUGCAGGUUUGAGCCCAGGGGCUUGCCGUCCAGCGUGCACCUGUAUUUCUAUGACGACCAUUUCCAGGGCUACCUGGUGACGCAGGCGGCGCAGCCCUCAGCGCAAGGGCCGGCAGAGACGCUGGAGAUGUGGCUGAUGCCCCAGGGGUCGCUGAAGCUGUCGAGACGGAGUGACCAGGCCAGCCGGCUGCAGAGUUUGGAGGUCGGCACCGAGUGGGACCCCAAAGAGCGCCUUUUCCGGAACUUUGGGGGGUUGCUGGGGCCUUUGGAUGAGCCUGUGGCCAUGCAGCGCUGGGCCCGAGGCCCCAACCUCACCGUCACUGUGGUGUGGAUCGACCCCACCUACGUGGUGGCCACGUCUUACGACAUUGCCGUGGACGCAGACACCGAGGUCACUCAGUACAAGCCGCCGCUGAGCCGGCCCCUGCGGCCUGGGGCCUGGACUGUCCGUCUGCUCCAGUUCUGGGAACCCCUGGGCGAGAUCCGUUUCCUUGUGCUGCCCUUGACCUUCAACCGCAAACUACCUCUCAGGAAAGACGAUGCCAGCUGGCUGCACGCCGGGCCCCCCCACAACGAGUACAUGGAGCAGAGUUUCCAGGGCCUGCGCAGCGUCCUCAACCUGCCGCAGCCGGGGCCCGCCGAGGAGGCCGCCCGCCGGCACGCGCAGCUCACAGGCCCGGCGCUCGAGGCCUGGACAGACGGGGCCCUGGGGGACUUCUGGUCUGUGGCAGGACUGUGCGCCACGGGCCCCUCCGCCUGCCCCUCCCUGCAGCUCUGCAGACAGACCAGCUGGAGCUCACUGUUCCCUGACCCCAAGUCGGAGCUGGGGCCUGUCAAAGCGGACGGUCGCCUCAGGUAGCAGGGCCUAGCCAGCACCUCGGAGGACCGGGGAAUCGCACCUUACCGACCGUGGCGGGGUGGCCCCCACGCCGGCGAGAGCCAGAGGGCAGGCAGCCCACCACGCAAGCCAUGGAGAACCGCGCAGACGGCAGGGAAGGAAGGCCCCGACCCAGGGCCUGCCGGGAGCGGGGGAGGGCAGGGCGGCGGGGAGACGGGCCCAGCACUCACGUCCUGCUCUUCCUCACCUCCCGCUCUAAAUGUUCUUUCUUUGCAAAGGAAGACGGGUGGCGGGGGGAGGCUCGGGAACCAAGAUGUGCAAUAGGGCUCAGCAGCCCCAGCAGUGGGCGGUGGCUCUGGGGGUCAGGGGCCAGCGUGCCCAUCUGCAGCGACUCCGGAGGAGGCCUCGCCCACCUCGCCCUCAAGGCCCUCCCUGGCUGGUGCCUGUGGUGCUCAGGGCUGAGGCUUCGUUUGGGAGCACACACCGGGCCAGGCUCCCAGCCUGGGGGAGCACUGCAGAGCGGGCCUCUAGCGGACAGCUUCUCUUGUCCAGGGGAUCGAAGGAGAGGGGGACAGGGCUGGUUUGAGGGCUUUCCAGCACCCCCUGACCCUCCAUGGGAGACGGGACCCCAGGGCCUGCUG